ACCCUAAGUGAACCAAAUAGACAGACUGCCAGGAGGGAUUGAACUCACUGGAUCUGAGAGCUGCGCGGCCGGAAGCGGAAGUGUGUCUUCAGUAAACGUUCUGCUAGCGUAGCUUUACGUACCACCAGGCAAACUCGGCAGCCAACUGUCGUUUAAUUUCACAAACAUUUGAGGUACAACAACUUUAGCCGCCAAGAUGUUUAACAGAAUGACAAGCUUAUGGAUGGGUGAUUUAGACCCAUACAUGGAUGAAAACUUCAUUAAGCAAGCAUUCAGCACUAUGGGAGAGACUGCCUAUGGUGUCAAAAUUAUUACACAUCGUGUUACUGGAGGCUCUGCUGGAUACUGUUUUGUGGAGAUGGCAGACGAGGCCAGCGUUGAUCGUUGUGUGCAGAGGCUUAAUGGGAAGCUGGUUCCAGGAUCUAAUCCGCCCAGGAAGUUCAAGCUAAACUAUGCAACAUAUGGGAAAAGGCCAGAGCCUGGGGACGCUGAAAAGGACAAAGGCAGAUGUUUCUUCAGCAACAACCCAGAAUUCUCUGUCUUUGUUGGAGAUCUCACAUCAGAAGUGGAUGACUACCAGCUUCAUCAGUUCUUUCUGAAAAAAUUCCCUUCAUGCAAAGGAGCCAAAGUUGUCACUGAUCCCUAUGGGAAUUCCAGGGGUUAUGGCUUUGUGAAGUUUAGCGAUGAGAACGAGCAGAAGAAAGCCCUUGAGGAGUUUCAGAACGCAUCAGGCCUAGGAGGAAAAUCCAUCAGGAUAAGCAUCGCCGUCAACAAAGGCAACAAAUCAAGCAGUUACCACAACCAGAAUAACAGCUACAACAGCAACUAUCAACAGCAGUACUAUCAACAGCCCUACAGCAGUUACUAUCCAGGGUGGGGCUAUGAUCAGUACAGCAGUUACAACUACGGAUAUAACCCUUAUGCAACCCCCCCGCCAGUUCCUCACGGGAUGAUGGGAGUGCCUCCACCCAUGGGGGUGCCCCCCAUGACCUCUGACAUGCAGGGAUCCACAGAGUCCAAUGAUGGCACUGAGGAUGUUGAGGAGGACCCUGCAGAAGACCCUAACCUACAGGUGGAUGUGGAUGCACUAAAUAAGCAAUACAUGGAACGCAGCGAGGAGCUUUAUGAUUCACUCAUGGAUUGCCACUGGCUGCCAUUGGACAGUGUCACAUCUGAAAUUCCUAUGAUGAACGGUUCCUGACUGUCUGUACCAACCACCGCCCAGGAUUAUUAUACUUUGUGAAGGAACAUGCCUUUUUAUAAUGCUCUGAGCAAGUUUUCAGAGAAUGUUUUUUCUCCUUUUCAGCCUUUUAUUUGAAGUUUCAUCCCAGCAGGCAAGGCGUUUUUCUUCGUUUCAAAGUUGGGUAGUUCAAGGUUUUGUUGAACAGGGUUUUUUUUUUUAAGAUAAGUGGAAAGAAUCCACUUCAUUACCAUUGUCAUUUUUAACUGGGAGCUAUUCCUACUCUUGCCUUAUUAAACUUUUCCAUUAGAAAUUUGAAGCAUGCUUUGUUGGUACUAUAACUAAACUUGUGUGGUCCAAAUUAGCAUUUAUAUCUCUUAAAAUAUACCCCAUUUUGUCUGUCAUGAGACCACUGAUGUUUUUUGUAAGCUUUGUUCAGGAGAUGGGUCAUUUUUAGCAAUGUUUGCAAAGCGAGACAACUGCGAAAAAAUGAAUGCAACACUGACCCAGAAUUAAUCUCUGUCUGUCCUUAAAUUACAUAUGCGUUUGAGCAUAAUUGAAUCACAAGUUUUUUAUUUAAAGCUGAGAUUUUCAGAAAUUCUUUGAGUAUUUUUGUAAUAAAAAACAAAUGGAGAUUGUCAAGGAUGAACCUAAUAAAUUACUGUGAUGUCUCA